AUGUCUUGUAAUUAUUUUAAAUUAUCUUUGUUUUCUAUUGUACUGUGUAUAUUAAUAAUUACACAUAAGUUUUCCUUCGAAAAAAUAUCCCAUAAUAAAACAAAUAUGGAUUAUUUAAUAAAUACAGGACAUAUCAGGUUACUAGCCGAAGCACAAGAAACAGAUAUAUUUAAGACAACUUCAGGUGAAAAUUCACUGACGUACCCAAUAGAUACUAAAUUAGAGGAAAAUAUUACAGAAUAUCAUAAAACAUCAUCUGAUUGUACAUUGAAUAAUGAAAUUCGAGAAGAACAUGAUAAUCAAACAGAACAGGUAGAAUUGGAAAAUGAGUAUAAUAAUAAAUCAUUGUCUGAGAAAUCACAUAAAAAAAAACAUUGCAAAAGAAUGAAAAAUUUUGGAAUAAUAAGUAUAUUAUUAGCUAUACCAUUUUUAUUCAUAUGUUUUUCCCCAUAUUAUUACAAGAAUAGAAAAAAUAAAAAAAGUAAAAAUAUUAAUAAUAAUAAUAAUAGUAAAAAUAAAGAAAAUGAAAAGAAUAUCCAUGAAGAUCAAGUCAGUGUAGAGAAAAAAAUAUAG